AUGGUUGUUUUGUCUAAACCAUCCUUAAACAAUUUCCUACUUCCUAAAUCACCAUGCAAACCAACAACAACUACUAUGUUCAACGGAAUACCUCUCGUCGACCUUACACACCCGGAAGCAAAGACACAAAUUGUCAAUGCUUGUAAGGAAGUUGGAUUCUUCAAAGUUGUCAACCAUGGAGUUCCAAUGGAACUUAUAUCAAAUUUGGAAACCGAAGCUGUUAAAUUCUUCCGAAAAUCGCAGUCGGAGAAAGACAGAGCUGGUCCUCCUGACCCUUUUGGUUAUGGAAGUAAAAAGAUUGGAUCAAACGGUGAUGUUGGUUGGGUUGAAUAUAUUCUUCUCAAUACCAACCCUGAUGUUAUCUCCAACAAAUCACUCACCAUUUUUCGCGAAAAUCGACCGAAUUUAAGGACGGUUGUGGAAGAUUAUAUAGAAGCAAUGAAGAAAAUGUGUUAUCUAGUAUUGGAACUAAUGGCGGAUGGAUUGGAGAUUGAGCCGAGGAAUGUGAUAAGCAGAUUAUUGAGAAAUGAGAAAAGUGAUUCUUGUUUCAGAAUAAACCAUUAUCCACCGUGCCCUGAAGUGCAACAAGGAGCAUUAAAUGGAAAGAAUUUAAUAGGGUUUGGGGAGCAUACAGACCCACAAGUGAUUUCUGUCUUGAGAUCUAAUAGCAUUUCUGGUCUGCAAAUCUGUCUUAAUGAUGGAACAUGGGUUUCUGUUCCACCUGAUCAUACUUCCUUUUACAUCAAUGUUGGUGACACUCUUCAGGUAUUGACUAAUGGUAGGUUCAAAAGUGUAAAACAUAGGGUUUUAUCUGACACAACAAAGUCAAGGUUGUCGAUGAUAUACUUUGGAGGACCAGCCUUAAUUGAAAAGAUAGUGCCUAUAGCAUCACUAUUGUUAAAGAAAGAAGAAAGUUUGUACAAAGAGUUCACGUGGUGUGAGUACAAGAAAGCUAUGUAUAAUUCAAGGCUGGCUGAUUAUAGACUUGGGCCUUUUGAAAUAGCUUAUGGCAAAUAA